AUGAGCGUCCAGCGGCGCGAGGCGUCGCGUAUCGACGAGAAGCUCGCCGAGGGCGGCGAUGCGUAUGUGUGGUCGCUCGAGUUCUUCCCCCCCAAGACGGUCGAGGGUCUUGCCAACCUCUUUGCGCGUAUCCACCGCAUGGCGGGCAAUCUGCGCCCCGGCUGGGUGCAUGUGACAUGGGGCGCCAGCGGGUCGACACGCAACAGCUCGCUGGAGCUUGCGGUGCGCGUGCAGAAAGGCAUCCUCGACCCCGUCGUGCCGUGGGAUACCGAAGAGGCGGAUGCUGCGCCGCCCGGCACGAACGGAUGCGACGUGUGUCUGCAUCUGACAUGCACCAAUGUCGAGCGCACGAUCCUCGAUGCUACGCUCGCGCAGGCGAAACGUGCCGGGAUCCGCAACAUCCUUGCCCUCCGUGGUGAUCCUCCUCGUGGCGAGGAGUACUGGAUCGCGUCCGAUACGCGAUUCCAGCACGCGAUCGACCUCGUGCGCUAUAUUCGUGCGCAGCACGGCGACUAUUUCUGUAUCGGUGUCGCGAGCUACCCCGAAGGCUUUACCGAGGAGACGCAGUGCGACAUCUACCGCGAUCUCGACUUUUUGAAGCAGAAACAGGAAGCGGGCGCGCAGUUUGUCGUGACGCAGUUCUUUUACGAUGUCGACCUCUUUGUGCGAUGGGUCCAGCUGUGCCGCAAGCGCGGCAUCACGAUUCCCAUUAUUCCCGGCAUUAUGCCGAUCCAAAACUACAGCAGCUUCCGGCGCAUGACGAAUCUCUGUCAUGUCACCACGCCCCCGGACCUGAUCCAGGCGCUCGAGGGAGUCCGGAUGGACGACGCCAAAGUGAAAGAUUUUGGCGUGCAGUUUGCCGAGCAGACCAUCGCCAAGAUCAAGAAGGAGACGGAUAUCCGCGCAUUUCACAUCUACACGCUGAACCUCGAAAAGAGCGUGACCCGCGUCGUGAAUGCGCUCCAAGCGCCGGACGCCGCGCCCCCGGUCGCCCCCAAGUCGCCGACGAGCAACUGGCCGACGGUGUCUGGCUGGGAGACCUGGGACGAGUUCCCCAAUGGUCGUUACGGUGACGCGCGUAGUCCUGCGUUUGGUGAGCUCGAUGGCUACGGCGCCAGCCUCAAGGUCCCCCCGGAAGAAGCGACGCGUCUCUGGGGCGCGCCCGUCGACGAAGACGACAUUGCGAAGCUCUUUACCGCGUACGUCUCUGGCAAGCUCUCGUGCAUCCCGUGGUGCGAUAUUCCGGUGUGGGACGAGACGGUGCAGCUCCUUCCGACGCUUUUGCGCCUUAACCAGCCCAAGAGCGAAGGCGGCAAGAGCUGGUGGACGGUCGGCUCGCAGCCCGCUGUCGACGGCAUCGACAGCGGCGACCCCACCUUUGGCUUCGGGCCGAGCAACGGCUUCAUCUUCCAAAAGUCCUUUGUCGAGCUCUUUGUGACCGACGCCGAGAAGGAGGCGCUGGUCAAGGCCAUCGACGCGAGCACCACGCCGGUGACCUACUUUGCCGGCACGUGCGAUCCCGAGACGUUUGAGACGAACGUCGAAGCGAAUGGUCUGAACGCCGUGACCUGGGGCGUGUUCCCGGGCAAGGAAGUCGCGCAGUCGACCAUCAUCGAAGAGCAGUCGUUCCGUGCGUGGUGUGAAGAGGCGUUUGCGAUCUGGAGCGAGUGGGAGCUGCUGUUCCCUGCGCGCUCCGCCACCCGCAAGCUCCUGCGCUCGAUUCACGACACGCGCUGGCUGGUGACCGUCGUGCACCACGACUACAAGGAUCCCGACGCACUCUGGAAGCUGCUCGAUGGGUUGUAA